UUGAGGAAAUUAUGACAAAUUUGAAGUGAGAGAAAUUAAAUAUGUUUUUAACACUGCAAGUCUCAAUUUAUCUUUUAACUGGUUUUAGGAGUUCACACCUACAUACAGUUUCAGAUUUGCAAACACAGUUGACAUUCUUAGGGUAAGAACUGCCACAUUAUGGCAGGAAAUUAUCGAUGUCAAAUAAUGAAUUCAUUUUGCCUAUUAUAAUGACAAAAGUAAUAUAGAUACGGAACAUCUGGCGCAUAGAAACAACGUUUUCACGUCUACAUUGACAAAUGUAAGAGAUAUUUAAAACGAUUCAGAAGCACAUAUUGGGAAUUAACGCGUCUGGACUUUUGGCAACAAAUAGCCUCCAUAAAAAGCACGCAAAUGGUCAAACGUGUCUGAUCUCACCAAAACAAAACUGAUAUUGAUGCAAAAGUGAAGAAGAAAAAAAGUUUUGACUUUCAACAUUAACAUUUUCUUUGGAAAAAUAUCAAUUUUUGACGGAAUACUCGGAUAACGGAUUGCUAUAGUUCUUAUAAAAAUGACACGUGUGAAAGGAAUACAUGCUUUAUUGGCGAUUUGUGGAGCAAGUUUAGUCCUCAUUAUCUGUAAAUACGAAUUCGUCAACAAACAAUCAGCUCUUCUUAUUAUGCCAACAAAAGAACCAAAAAAGAACUCCGUCUCGACAGUCACAAAACUAGAUUUCAAUAGUACGAAUAUGAUGCUACAUUUUGCAUCCCAAGCAAAGAGAUACUUUGUUGAAAUUGCUCAAGACAUGAAAACCACGUCUAUGCAGAACUACAUGAAUAGUACUUUGUCGGACGUAAGCGCCUUAUUGGAAGUUAAAGAAAAUAUGUUAUAUACCUUUGAAGAAAUCUUCCCAUCUACGCAGAUUGAUCUUAAACUUCAAGACGUUGUAAAAAGUUCGCCAUUUUCUUCAUUGAGAAAGGAUCGGUUGCCGAUUAACGAGGCAAUUCAAAAGGAACUAAUACAAAGGUAUCGCGACAAAGGAUUUGGCCAUUUUGCCGAGUUUGUUCUCAAAAGAUGUGAAGGUUUGAAGGAACUGUCUGCAAACGAUUCUGGGAUAAUGGAAACGUUAUCAAAUGUGUGCAAGAAGCUUCUUAAACUGCAGACUGAACUCGCAAGGGGGGUCCUAGAAGAAAAAAUCAGACAUCAGACGGGUAACGAAUGGAGAAUAAAGAUGUCACGUGAGCUGCAGAGUGAGGUCCAAUAUCAUCUGAAUCAAUAUAAGGAAUCUCCCCAAUGUAACUCAUCUAGAAUUUUGACGUGUCUGCAUGUGUUCUGGACACCUAUAGGAAGUUUUAUACACAGAACCCUUAGUUGUUUGGUAGCUGCUCUUUCCUCACAGAGAGCAUUGGUCAUGGAUGCAAAGGACACUACAUUUAUUCCGACGAAUUGGGGAAGUUAUAUGAAUUUAAAACAUAGGCAUCAUUGGCCUUGUUCGAUAUCAAAUUCAAUGAAUAUAAACAAUGAGAAAGACCUUGCAAAGUAUUCUUCAUUUGAAGAACUGACGAUGCCCGCAUCUGGAAAUUCAAUUACGAAUCCAACGGAAAUUCCAAAUCAUUUGGCCAAGAAAUUGUUUUCCUUCAACAAACAUCCGUCAGCUUGGUGGAUAGGAGUAAUGGCUGAAUACGUCAUGCUGGGGAAAGAUAAACUUUCGAGAAUAUUUCAGGACGCAAUUCAGACAAUGCCGUUCACAUCCCCAGUUGUCGGGGUGCACGUAAGAAGAACGGACAAGAUUGGUCCAGAGGCGAGGUUCCAUGCAUUAGAAGAGUACAUGAUCAAUGUGGCUGAUUGGUACAAUGCAUACGAGGCAGUUCACGGCCAUGUUGAGCGCAAGGUGUAUUUGGCGUCGGACAACGUCGAAGUUCUCUUCGAAGCCGAGCAAAAAUACCCAGAGUAUGUGUUUAUGUUCAACAAAACCACAACAAAGCAUUCCACGAAUGUUAAAACUCGAACGUCAAAAUUGGCAAUGGAUGCAAUUGUUCGCGACACUGUUUUGUUGUCAAGAUGCGACUUUCUCGUGUGUACCAUGAGUUCUAAUAUAUGUCGAUUGGCGUACGAACUCAUGCACGUACAAACAGGGGAUGCUUUCGACAGAGCAGUUUCCGUAGAUGUGGACUGGUUUUAUUAUUUACACUUAUCAAGAAUAUAUACUGCUAUGAUGCCCCAUAGUUAUCCAGUGCAUAUGGAAAUAAGUUUUAAGGUCGGUGACGUCAUCAUAACAAACACCUUCAAGCAGAGUCAAGUUCAAGAAAAGGGGUUUAUUAUAGGAAAGAAUAGAAGAACCGGACAGACGGGAUUAGUGCCAAAAUAUAAAAUUGUUGAAGUCUUUAUACAAAAACAAUACACGCAUCAAUAAAUGUUGCCAUGGAGAUUUUCAAUGUUGGAUGUUAAAAGUUAAAUCACUGACUUUUCGUUCCCGUGCUUACCUUUGCUCACAACAUGGAUAAUAUUCAACAAAAUUAAUAUGACAAAGACUUGUGUUUUCUUGUAUAUUUAUUUAUCUAUUGGAAUUUACUAAUCAUCGAUCCGUUUACAAAAGAAGCAAUGACUUAUUCCGGACAGGGACAAAAAGACCUCGCUUGAAAAUACAAAAGUGUGUGAAGUCGAUAUCAAAAUCACAAUGUUAAAUAUUACAUUUUUAUCAAGACAAUGAUUACAAGUAUUUUAAUUAAAAUGAAAUAUCUUAUUUGUUUAAUAUUUUAAAGCUGCACUCUCACAGAUUUACCAUUCUUACAACUUUUUUUUAUUUUUUUUUGUAUUGAAAAAAGCACAUUUUUGCGAAUAUAUCAGCAAACUAAUGAUACAAGAUUGCAGAAAACAAUCAGAUUGUAGAUUAUUAUAUUUCCGUUCGAAAAUUAAUGUUUUAUAGCUUUAACCGUAACUAACGGUUUAAGAAAAAUGCAUAAAACAUAUUUUUUUUAACCUAAAUAUAAACAUCUCCGAUCUGAUUUUCAAUAUAGCAUUAUCAUGUUAAUGUAUAACCAUGCAUGUAAAUUUGUUACAAUUUAAAUGAAUAUGUUCUGUAUAGGAGAAAAUAUUCUGAGUUGGGUUUAGUUGACACGUGUACGCGUUUUAUGCUGUUUAACAAUACAUCAUUGGCUUUAUCCCAAUAACGCUUUCACUGGCACCGGAGUUUCAAACUCAAUUAUGUUUUAAAUAAAAAAAUCUUAUAAUUUUAACCACAAAAAUUACAAUGCCAGACAUGUGAAAAGUUAUUGAUUUUUUUCUCAUAAAUAUCCACUUUCUACUGUCUAUAAUCGAAAAGACAGUACAAAGUGCAUAUUUAUUGGGGGAAAAAAUGAAAAUGUGUUCACAUUUCUGGCAUUGUCGUUUUUAGUUUGGAAUUACAAUUUUGUUUUGAUUUUUUGAGGAAUUUUUUUUUAGUUAAAAUCCAGUGCCAUUGAACGCUUCUUAUUGUAUCGUUAUGAAUCACUAUUAAUUGAUUCAAAAAUCUUAGGAAUUAACUUCAUCUUACUUCAAUAAGGCGCUUACGUGAAUUUAACGUCAAGUGUUCUUUACGAAAAAUAAAGCUUACACGAGGGCUGCGGAAAUUUACAAUAAAAAUAUAACUGGGCUUUGUUAAUAUUUGUUAAUUGGUACUUACCAAGAUCUAAUUGAUUGUUAACGAAUUCGUUAUAUGUCUUUGGGGUUUACUCGGGGUUUGUGUUUGAACUUUUGGCUGCUGGUCUUGUUUCUGUGUUUUUUUUUCACAUGGGUAUUUACAGAUAAUGAGGACUACACUUGCUCCACAAAUCUCCAAUAAAGCCUUAUUCUUUU